GUUCAUUGCAGAUAUCUACUGGAUUACUCUGGGCUGGCUCUCUGUAUAUUGCACAUGAUGCAGCGAAUCGUGGAAAUCUGGGCCUGGUGGCUGUGGCUCGUCUGACUCGGCUUAACGUCAAUGGGCAUCGUGCUUGCUUCGGCUGACUGCUACAUUCAGUUGCGCAAUCUCUCAUUCUGAUUGAACAUCUUCGAAUACUUUCCGCCAUCGGGAGUUUAUCUCGUUGUUACACCCAUGGAGUCGGGGAUCUCGCAUAAGCAUCGGCGAUAUGAGCCAACCUUGUUGAACCCUGGCGAGAAGAUUGGUGAAGGAGAUACGUAUCUGGUGGAAGAGUUGCUUCCUCCUGACCUCGCAGAUGUGGCGUUCAAGCGAGUGCGGGACGAAGUUCAGUGGCACAAGAUGAUUCACCGAGGUGGCGAGGUUCCUAGGCUUGUGGCGCAUGAGGGGUUAGUGAGUGAGGAUGGAAGUUACCCCAUCUACCGCCAUCCAGCAGACGAUCCUCCACCUCUUCUCCCGUUCUCUCCCACCGUCGCGCACAUCCGUGAAUACGUGGAGAAGUCGGUAAAGCACCCCGUGAAUCACGUGCUAAUCCAGCACUACCGCAGUGGCGCGGAUUACAUCUCAGAGCAUUCCGACAAGACCAUCGACAUCGUGCGUGGCUCGAAUAUCAUUAACGUCAGCCUCGGUGCACAGCGUAUCAUGACGCUUCGUACAAAGAAGGAUGUCUCGGACGGUGAGGGCCGCACCGUGCAGCACGUCCCACUCCCGCACAACUCAAUGUUCGUGAUGGGACUGGACACGAACAUGCGCUGGCUGCACGGCGUCCGCACAGACAAACGCCAACCGAAGACGAAGACGGAUGCAGAGCGAUAUGAGAACGAAGAGCGUAUUAGCUUGACGUUCCGCCACAUUGGCACAUUCCUAUCGGCUGACGGGGCGCUCAUCUGGGGUCAGGGAGCACGAGGCAAGACGCGCGAGGAUGCACAACCUGUGGUGCGGGGUGGCCCCGAGAGUGAGCAGCUUUUGAUCGCCUUUGGCGAGGAGAACCAUUCCAGCAGCUUUGACUGGGAAUCCGCAUAUGGACGGGGCUUCGAUGUAUUGAAUUUUAAUGCUGACUAGUACCUUUCCUGAUGAAUGCCCAUCUGGCAGACAACUUGUUCAUGUACUGUAUCUUAUUAUCUCCCUGUACAAUUGUUCGUGCUCGACCUCACAAUUAUGGAGGACUGGCAAGAGAGACUGGCAAACCACCACAGCCGAUU